AGUUAUUAAAUAAGGGUUUUGAGAAUGGCGCUCUUGCUCACUCUUGGCGGUUUCUCUGGGCGGACAACAGCGAAAUUGCGAACUCCUCUCUACUAGAGACUAGAGAAAGAAAAUGUCUAAAAGGUUCGGAAAGCGGAAGGAAGACGACGGCUUUGCCUCUGAAGGCAACGACCGUCCCAAGAAGACUUCAAAGACCGACGAUUCCGAUGAAUCCGACGAUAUCGUCGUCUGUGAGAUUUCGAAGAACCGUAGAGUGGCUGUGAGGAACUGGCAGGGGAAGGUCGUGGUUGAUAUCCGCGAGUUCUAUGUGAAAGAUGGAAAGGAAAUGCCUGGCAAAAAAGGCAUUUCAUUAACGAUGGAUCAGUGGAAGAUACUUCGUGAGCAUGUGGAAGAAAUUGACAAGGCGGUUGCAGCAGGGGAAUAGUUAAAAUCUGAAUGUGUUUUUGGCUUUUUGCUCCGAAAGCAAUUUAAGUGCUUGCAAUAGAAGAAGGUUAGGGAAUUAGAUCUGGAAUGAAUGAUGUAAGCUGUUGCAUUUUGACUGUAGUAUUAGGGAAAGCGACCCUGUUAAAUCUAGUAUUCUAUUAUGCUUAGCAGUGUAACUACGGAGUAUAUAUUCUAGUAGUGGCUUGCUGUGAGCUAUUUCUUCCUUCUGCCCCUGCCAUUCCAUUGUGCA